UGCUGCUUCUUGAUCAUUCUUUCUCACUUUAUUCAUUGUCAUUGCCUUGUCUCCCCCCACCACAUAUCAUCUUUGUAGCACCAUUUCCUCAGAGCAUUUUUCAUGGAGAUUGUUGAGUUAAAAGUGGAGAUGGUUGGGAUACACGAGAAAAGACUAAGGAAAUGUCUCUCAAAAUUGAAAGGGAUAGAGAAGGUGGAAGUGGAUGGUAACAGCCAGAAGGUUGUAGUCACUGGAUACACACACAAGAACAAAAUCCUGAAAGCAGUGAGAAAAGCGGGUCUUAAGGCUGAGUUUUGGUCUGCACAAAAUGAAUUGCUUAAUGCUUAUGUUGGUGCUAGUUAUGCUAACCUCAGAUUUAACAACUUCAACAUCUUUUAACUUUAUUUGCUCAUAGUGCUAUAUUUUCUUUAUACCAAUCUCGAAUGAUGUCACGCACAGGAAGGAUUGGAUUGGUGGAAUUUUACAUAGAUAAAAGAAAGUUGUAUUUUGGAGUCUAUGACGGUGUGGAUUGUUUCUAACUUUUCCUUGUGUUUAGAUAAUUCUUUAGUAAAUUGCAUUUAUUAGAAAUAGUAUUAUUUGUUUAUAUUAUUUGUAACACAAUU